GGGCUGAGGGCACUCAACUUGUAUGAAAACUGCCCAACGAACUCAUUGCAACUAAUUACUUCAAACAAUUUAAAAAAUCGAACUUCCUUUUUUUGGUUGUAAAGAAGAAUUUAACUCUCGUAGAAAUAAGUUGCAACAAGUUUCAGACCAUGGCGGAUUCGGUGCAUGGUCCCGCAAGCUUCUGGACCCAAGCCAAUGCUUUGCUGAGAAAGAAUUUGAUUUUUCAGAAACGAGAUGUCAAGUCAAAUAUUCGCCUUAUCUCAGUCCCUAUAAUACUUUGUUUAUUGCUAGUUCUCAUUCAAAAUUUAGUCAACAAAAAUUUGGAUACACCAUCAAACAGAUGUGGCUGCAAAUGUGUAGACAAAAAUGGUGACGGAAAAUGUGAAGAAGUAUGUGGUAUUGAAUAUUCAGAUUUGGGCCAAGCCAGCAACUGUCCGAUUCCUAGCCCAUCAGAAUGGCCUCCCUUGUUACAGAUACCAGCAUUGAAGUAUCGUGCUGUACAAACUGAUUUUAUUUCAUAUGGGGGCUUGCCCGAUGAUUCAUGUAAAAUGUUGGGUUCUUGUCCAGCUACUAUACUUCUCACUGGAAGUAAUCAGACUUUUGGAGAAAGUAUGGGUAGAAAUUUGUUCAGCAGUGGAUCAACUCUAAAUUCCUCUGACAUUUUCUAUAGCUUAGCCUAUAAUAUCUUGGGCUCCGAGUCACACACCGAGUAUGUGAAUUUUCUUGAGGCAGCUUUCUUCUCCAACCUGCCAGUCUACUACGUCCAAUCGCAGUGUUCUUCAAAUUCCACAUUUUCUCUUCCAUUAGAAUUUGGUUCUGUAGCUGUUCAGCAAGAGAUAAACUGCUUAAAAGGUUUACACUUGUGGCGUAAUAGUUCUUAUGAGAUCAAUGAUGAGAUUUAUAAAGGCUACAGCAAGGGGAAUCAAGAGGGAAAGAUAAACGAGAUACUAACAGCAUAUGAUUUCCAUAAUUCAAAUAGAAAUGGUUUCAAUGUGAAUAUUUGGUAUAACUCUACCUAUAAGAAAGACAAAGGCAAUCUACCAAUGGCACUGUCAAGGAUUCCUCGUACAGUGAAUUUGGCAUCAAAUGCCUACCUUCAGUUUUUGCGUGGGCCUUCUGCAAGAGUGCUGUUUGAGUUUGUCAAAGAAAUGCCCAAAGCAGAAACAAAACUCAGCCUGGACUUUGCUUCUAUCCUGGGACCACUAUUCUUUUCAUGGGUGGUUUCACAGCUUUUUCCUGUUGUUUUGAUAGCUCUGGUUUAUGAGAAGCAGCAGAAACUAAGAAUCAUGAUGAAAAUGCAUGGACUUGCGGAUGGUCCCUACUGGAUGAUUUCUUAUGCUUAUUUUUUGGUCAUAUCUUCUAUAUACAUGUUAUGUUUUGUGAUUUUCGGCUCAUUAGUAGGCUUGAAGUUCUUUUUGCUUAAUGAUUACAGCAUCCAGUUCGUAUUUUAUUUCAUUUACAUGAACUUGCAAGUGUCCCUUUCUUUUCUAGUUGCUGCGUUUUUCUCGAAUGUUAAGACAGCCACAGUCAUCGGCUAUAUAAUGGUGUUUGCAAACGGACUCUUGGCAGCAUUCCUUUUCCAGUUCUUUCUCCAGGAUGAAUCAUUUCCCAGAGGCUGGAUUAUAGUUAUGGAGCUAUAUCCUGGAUUUUCUCUUUUUCGUGGAUUAUAUGAGUUUUCCCAAUAUGCUUUCAAUGGUAAUUAUUUGGGAACAGAUGGUAUGAGAUGGAAUGAUCUGAGUGAUGGAAAAAAUGGGAUGAACGAGGUCCUAGUAAUUAUGUUAGUGCAGUGGUUGGUAUUUCUCUUUCUUUCUUAUUACGUUGAUCAGAUUGCAUCAUCAGGGAAAGAUCCCCUAUUUUUCUUGUGGAACUCCCGAAAGAACCCUUCACCUUCCUUCAGGAAACAUAGUUUACAAAAGCAGGGUUCUAAAGUUUUCGUACAAAUGGAGAAACCUGAUGUUGCUCAGGAGAGGGAGAGAGUUGAACAGUUACUCGAAUCAAGUACAACUCAUGCCAUCAUUUGUGACAAUUUGAAAAAGGUUUAUCCAGGGAAAGAUGGAAACCCUGAGAAAUUUGCAGUGAGAGGAUUGUCACUUGCUUUGCCGCAAGGGGAAUGUUUUGGUAUGCUUGGUCCCAAUGGUGCUGGCAAAACUACUUUUAUUAAUAUGAUGAUUGGACUCAUAAAACCAAGCUCCGGUACUGCAUAUGCUCAGGGUAUGGAUAUACGAACAGACAUGGAUAUGAUAUACACCAACAUGGGUGUAUGUCCGCAGCAUGACUUGCUUUGGGAAAAAUUAACAGGAAGGGAGCACCUACUUUUCUACGGAAGGCUUAAAAAUCUUAUAGGAGCAGACUUGACACAAGCGGUUGAAGAAUCUCUUAAGAGUGUCAACUUGUUUCAUGGAGGCGUUGCUGACAAGCAAACUGGGAAAUACAGUGGAGGAAUGAAGAGGAGGCUAAGUGUUGCUAUUUCACUGAUUGGUGAUCCUAAGGUAGUCUACAUGGAUGAGCCCAGCACUGGACUGGAUCCAGCUUCACGAAAUAACUUGUGGAAUGUUGUCAAACGUGCAAAGCAAGAUAGAGCAAUUAUUCUCACAACCCAUUCCAUGGAAGAAGCGGAACAUCUAUGUGAUCGACUAGGAAUAUUCGUUGAUGGCAGCUUGCAGUGCCUAGGAAAUCCCAAAGAGUUGAAGGCAAGAUAUGGAGGGUCUUAUGUGUUUACAAUGACAACAUCAUCAGAUAAUGAAGAAGAAGUGGAGCACAUGGUGCGACGCCUAUCCCCAAAUGCCAACAAGAUAUACCAUAUAUCUGGGACACAGAAGUUUGAGUUGCCAAAGCAAGAGGUUAGAAUUGCAGAUGUAUUUCAAGCAGUUGAGAAAGUAAAGAGUAAAUUCACGGUUUAUGCUUGGGGUUUGGCUGAUACAACUUUAGAGGACGUUUUUAUCAAGGUUGCUCGCGCUACUCACGCUUUCAACGUUCUCUCUUGACAGUUAUCAUUUAUAAAAAGCUUAUGGAUCUUUUAACAUAAGUUUGAGAACAAACAAUGGUCAAAAUAGCACGGGCUAGCCAUUUUUUGGACGGGUAAUCGAAAACUAACCAGUAUUUGCAUAGUCAUUGAAAAAUAGUCACUGUUUUACUGAAACACGCAAAAGUUUCAGCAGAAUAUGCGCUCCUGCAUAUAAAUUUUCAGCAUAUUAUAUUGAAACUCCAGGAUACGAAAAGUUCCUGUAUAAUAUGCGGGAUUAUGGAGCUCCUGCAUAUAAACUUCCAGUACAUUAUAAAAUUUUAGCAUAUUAUGUUGGAAGCUCAUAUGUAAAAAAAAUCAAACUUUAGCAUAUUAUGUAGGAAUAUUUUUGGUUUAACAGUAUUUUUGUUUAGAUUUUAUCUUUAUAUGAAAAGUAGCAAA